UUCAAAUCCCACAUCGAUUAUAAGCUGUCUCGCAUCAGCGACUGAGUACAGAAAGGCCCCAGAGACCGGCCGGGAGCAGCAGCAGCGAGAUGGCGGCGGCGGCGUCCUCGGGCACGGCGAUAGGGUCCUCGGGAAGAUGGGCGCUCCACGGCAAGACGGCCCUCGUUACCGGCGGCACGCGCGGCAUCGGGUACGGCUCCCCCUCAAACACCCAUCUCGUUUCUUCCGCACUUGCAAGCCCCGCUACGGAGGUUCACUCGAGGUCGCGCGCGCGACGCAGGCGUGCGGUAGUGGAGGAGCUGGCGGCGCUGGGGGCGGCCGUGCACACCUGCUCCCGGAAGGAGGAGGAGCUCGGCGAGCGCAUCAAGGAGUGGGAGGCCAGGGGCUUCCGCGUCACCGGCUCCGUCUGCGACCUCUCCGCGCGUGACCAGCGGGAGCGCCUGCUUUGCGAUGUCGCCGACCGCUUCGGCGGCAAGCUCGACAUCCUCGUAAACAAUGUGGGAACAAACAUAAGGAAACCAACUACUGAAUUUUCUGCAGAGGAAUACUCGUUUUUGAUGGCUACUAAUCUUGAAUCUGCAUAUCACUUGUGCCAAAUUGCACAUCCUCUUUUGAAAUUAUCUGGGUCAGGCAGCAUUAUCUUCAUUUCAUCUGUCGCUGGAGUGGUGGGCAUCUUUAGCGGAACUCUAUAUGCUAUGACUAAAGGUGCUAUUAAUCAGUUAACCAAGAACUUAGCAUGUGAGUGGGCAAAGGACAACAUAAGAGCCAACUCUGUUGCCCCCUGGUACAUUGCGACUUCACUUACGGAAGGGCUUUUGGCAAAUAAGAAUUUUGAGGAGCAAGUUGUGAGUCGAACUCCGCUUGGACGUGUCGGAGAACCUGGAGAAAUAUCCGCACUCGUUGCUUUUCUUUGCAUGCCGGGUUCCACUUACAUUACUGGCCAGACAAUCUCAGUUGAUGGAGGUAUGACUGUAAACGGGUUUUACCCAACCAAACCCUUCUAGGUGCAAGCUACCAUGGUGGUGUUCUUUUAAGUUGAAACAAACCUAAUAAUAUGUAUGUAAAGGUGAUCUUAUCAUGAAUUGAUCCAUGAUUAUUGUUCAAUGCAUAAGUAUAUAUCAGAACCAUGUGAAAAAUGCUUUGUUCAGAUCUGCAAAUCUGUGAUUUUUCCAACCUGUUCCGCUAGUUAAUUCAUCUGCGAUUGGUUCUAAACAUUAAGUAGCUACUGACGAGUGGGAUCACAAAAUAGUGCAUUCCAUUCUGUAAUCCCAAAUGCUGCUGCUCUCCCGCAUCAAUUGUGAAUCUUUGGGUAAGCCGUCAGCGAUCGAGAACACUCAUGGAGAGGCCAGUUGCCACACAGACUGGUCCAGGAGAAGCCGAGAGAUUGCCGCUGCAGAUAUUGACAGGCACAGCGAUAGGGGCGCCAGUGAAAUGGGCACUACAUGGCAAAACGGCCCUCAUCACUGGUGGAACCCGCUGCAUCAGGUGUGCAGUGGCUGAGAAACUCGCGGCGCUGGGGUCCAGGCUGCCGUGCACACGUGGUCCUGGAAGGAGACAAAGCUUGGGGAGCACCUCCAGGAGGGGGAGGCAGGGCCCAGGGGGUUCUGCGACCUCUCCGUGCGGGACCAGUGGGACCACCUGCUCCGUGAGGUCGCCGACCACUUCGGUGGCAAGCUUGACAUCCUUAUUUUUGGAAAAUAAAGAUCUUGAGGAGCAAGUUGUGAGUCGAACUCCUCUUGGACGUGUUGGAGAACCUGCAGAAAUAUCGGCACUCGUCGCUUUUCUUUUGCAUUCCCGGUUCCACUUGCAUUACCUGCCAGACCAUCUCGGUAGGCGGAUGUAUGACUGUCGAAGUGGAAGCCAACCAAGCCCAACUAGGCAGAAGCCAACGCGUUGCUUUCUGCUGAGGAAAAUAGCUGGUUGUGCUCUUGGAAGUUGGAACAAACCUAAUACUAAAACGCUACUAGUGUUUAUGUUCCAUUAUCCA